AUGACGCUCACAAAUAAGAUGGAUGUCGAUGACAAGAAUGCCAAGGGAGAAGGAUUUAAACCGUAUUAUAUCACGAAAAUCGAGGAACUACAGUUAAUCGUUGCCGAGAAAAGUCAAAAUUUAAGAAGAUUGCAAGCACAGCGUAAUGAGCUUAAUGCAAAAGUGCGUAUGCUGCGAGAGGAGCUACAACUCUUGCAGGAGCAAGGCUCGUACGUAGGAGAAGUGGUUAAGCCUAUGGACAAAAAGAAGGUCUUAGUCAAAGUACAUCCCGAAGGCAAAUUCGUCGUAGACAUUGACAAGAACAUCGAUAUCAACGAUGUGACGCCAAACUCGCGCGUGGCGUUGCGCAAUGAGAGUUACACGCUACACAAGAUACUGCCGAAUAAAGUCGAUCCACUUGUCUCGCUCAUGAUGGUAGAGAAGGUACCAGAUUCCACGUAUGAGAUGGUUGGAGGUUUAGAUAAGCAGAUAAAGGAGAUAAAGGAAGUCAUAGAGUUACCUGUCAAGCAUCCAGAAUUGUUCGAUGCUCUCGGGAUUGCGCAGCCCAAAGGUGUGCUGCUGUAUGGGCCACCAGGUACUGGAAAAACUCUGCUUGCAAGAGCAGUCGCACAUCACACAGAGUGUACCUUUAUUCGUGUCUCUGGAUCUGAACUGGUGCAGAAAUUUAUUGGGGAAGGCUCGCGUAUGGUGCGCGAACUUUUCGUGAUGGCCAGAGAACACGCACCAUCUAUAAUAUUCAUGGACGAAAUCGAUUCGAUUGGAAGCUCCCGAAUUGAAUCUGGCUCCGGUGGCGACAGUGAGGUUCAACGAACCAUGUUGGAACUGCUGAAUCAGCUGGACGGCUUUGAGGCGACGAAGAACAUAAAAGUUAUCAUGGCUACAAACAGAAUCGACAUCUUGGACCCGGCGCUGUUGCGCCCCGGGCGUAUUGAUCGUAAAAUUGAGUUUCCGCCUCCAAACGAAGAAGCCAGAUUGGACAUCUUGAAGAUUCACUCUAGAAAAAUGAAUCUGACACGUGGAAUAAAUCUGAGAAAGAUAGCUGAACUUAUGCCCGGCGCGUCGGGAGCGGAAGUCAAGGGUGUCUGCACGGAAGCUGGAAUGUACGCUUUGAGAGAACGUCGCGUUCACGUAACUCAAGAAGAUUUCGAGAUGGCAGUAGCGAAAGUCAUGCAGAAGGAUUCUGAGAAAAACAUGUCAAUUAAGAAAUUAUGGAAAUAAUCAGCUCUGCAAUUUUUUCAAUACCACGGUCUCAUUAUUUUCAUUGUUGCAUUCUUUAAGCAAACCAUUUUAACUGAAAUGCAGUGUAUUUAGAACACUCGAACAUAGAGGAACUUUAUAUAAAAUUAGCAAUAACAAUAAAAAUAAUCUUCCUACAGUGGC